CAAGGGAGAAAGAAAGCAAAUGGGAUUUGAAGUGGAGUUGGAUAAAAGAAAGAGAUACGUUAAAGAGAAGGUUGAUAAUCUCGACUAUAACUCUGAUGAUGGGGAGGUUUUGUCAAAGGAAUCAAGAUCUGCUUUUGUUGAUGAACGAACUGGAGAAGAUGAUAGGGUGGUUUCGAUAAAAAGACCAGCUUCAAGUCCGACCAGUCCAAGAAGUGUAGGAGGUAGGAAAAAGACAAAAGUCGGGAAUAUGAGAGAAAAAGAACCGAUCGUGGUUUCAGAUAGUGACUGAUCUUUGUCGGAAUCGAAGGUUGUGAGGUUGUUAUGGUUGGGAAUGUUGGGAUUAGAUCUUCUGGUGGGAGGAAGGUUGUGGAUGUCAUUGUUGAGAAUUUAGAAAAGGUGUGAUGCAUAUGAUGAACUACAU